CCACCAUUCACCACGAUGGCUACCAUAAAUUCGGUGCAGAAGAGUAUUCACUUGCCGUUAACGAGUUUGUCGUCGCCGCGUGUUUUGAUGUGUAGCGCUUCGGUUGGCACCGAAGGUUCCGUAACGCUACAACUGAGAGACUCUUCCGAUUCGAAUCAGUCGCCGGCGCCGACUUCUUUAGAAAAUGCCUUGACUAUUGGCUAUCCCGAUCCGGAGAUGUUGGCCGACGUAUUUGGUACACUGCAGACAGCCUCUUUCAAGAAUCACAGCAGUGCGAUAGCGUCAACAUCACCAACUACAACAACAUCAAGUCAUAGCCAUAAUCAGAUUGGUGCUUGCAGCAGCAGCAGUAGCAGUAGCUGUAAGAACAAAAUCACAACCACCAGCAGCGGCAGUAAUAGUAGUAGUAGCAACACGAGCACUAACAACAGCAAUACCUCCCCCUCUGCAACUGCUAAUAAAAUCACAAUCAGUCGGCGCAAUCAAACUGCAGCGGCAACAACAAAAUCAACAACAAACGCAUCAGUAUCAGCAUCGACAUCUGCCAUCACAACAACUGCAACAACAACGGGCAAAACAUCCGUGCAAACUGUGUCCACAGCAACGAAUACCACCAAUAAAACAACCAGCAGCUACGUUAAAAAUUGCCUCAUACGCAGCAGUAGUUGCAGCAAUACCAACAACGUCACAUCGUUGGCGCAGAUAAUGAGCAACAGCAGCACCAGCAGCUCAUCAUCGUUAUUGAAUCACAGCAAUACAAACAGUAACAGCAAUUGCAGCAGCAAUAGCAAUUUCAGUUCGUCGAGUAGCAGCAACGACAGCAUUGUCAGCAUUAACAGCAACAACAGUGGCGGUGGGGUGUUAAAGAGUGGCGGUUGCAGUAAAACUGCGGGUGCGGGCGGUGUGACAAGUGCGGCGCUGAAGAAGAAUCGUCCGAAGUUGUCUUCACCAACACGACAUGGGCCACAGCAGUGCCAGAUUUGUAGCAAAAUCUUUGGAAAUGCGUCAGCAUUGGCCAAACAUAAACUGACGCACAGCGACGAGCGGAAAUACGUUUGUGCGAUGUGUUCGAAGGCCUUCAAGCGACAAGAUCACUUGAAUGGCCACAUGAUGACACAUCGCAAUAAGAAGCCAUACGAAUGCAAAGCCGAGGGUUGUGGCAAAUCGUACUGUGAUGCACGUUCACUGCGACGUCACACUGAGAAUCAUCAUUCAGGUAUUAUAACGCCACAAAAUCAAACCCUUUCACCGACCUCGGGCACACCGACCGGGCUAAGUCUUUCGCCGGCCACGGCAAGCGGAGACGCCAGUUCGCCUGACGGCGCCACAUGCAUACGCACUUACAUCUCUACCGGUGGUACUGUUGUUGAUGCGGCAACAGGUGUUGCUCUUACCGAAGAGCAAAUAAAAGCCAUUAAUUUGCCCAUUAAAACAGGCGUUACUUUACUUUCGCCAACAUCAACGUCGUCUGCAUCCUCCGUGAGUGGCGUAUCUUUACCUGCAUCAUCGCCAACAAUUGCCCUCACCGAGACGAGCAUUGUAGAUGCUAGCGAAGGUCUCACCCGUGAGCAAUUGGAUUUGAUAAGCAAAAUUAUGCAACAGACGAAACAGACCAGGGCACAAGUGACGGUCUCGUCGCCGACCAGCGUUAAUUCGUAUAAAGUGGACACGAAUCCGUCUUCGGUGGCACUCGGCUCGAUGAGUCCGCAGAAUGCGGUGAGUGGAGCAUCAAAUCGUCCGCGUACAUGGAAUAUGCAACUGUUAAAUACCACCCAAAAUGUAUCCAUCACGGUUGAUGAAACCAACUCUGAUGCAACGUCCAGUACAGCAACAUCGCCCAUCGAAGUGAAAGAAGAGGAGAUUAAUCAGCAAUUUGUGGCAGCUAUCAAUCCACAUCUUUUGAACAUUGUCAAAAUGGAUCAGAAACCAGUUGAGUGUAAUUUGUGCCAUCGAAAGUUCAAAAACAUACCAGCACUUAACGGACAUAUGCGGCUGCAUGGCGGUUAUUUUAAAAAAGACCCCGAAGCUAAAAAGACGGAAAAGAAAGAACCCAGCGGUCCACCGCUGCAGACAGCCAGUAUCGGCGUGCGUGCGUUGAUCGAGGAGAAAAUCAUCAGUAAACGCAAAGAUAUGAACAAGGGUGCCUUCGUAGUUCCUGCACCACCCAGUAGUGUAUCCAGCACUUCCACAAUCCGACGAUCGAUUAGCGAUCUAGAAAGUUUCCUUAGCCCCAAAUCACACAGCAACAAUAGCAAUACCAGCGGCGGUAAUAGUGCCAGCAGUAGUAAUACCAAUUCCCCGAAUCAAAGUGCGCCUACCACAACCAUGUUACCUGCUGCAACAACAAUCAAAAAUUAUGGUGGGGGCUCAUUGGGUUUGCAGCAAAUCGGUAUGUCACAGGGCAUAGAGAUAUUUAGCACAAAGCAACAAAAGACAGUUGGUAAUGUUAGUCUUGGCUUGGGCGUAGGUUUUAGUGGAGCUCUACAAGCAACAAAUUCAACGAUGAAUCCGUCAACGAUGAAAUCAACAGCAACGACAAAUACAACGACUACAAAAGCCACCUCGACCGAUCCGAAAGACUCUACGCUCAUUGAGUUGCUAAAGCGAGGCACCCGCAUCGCCGUCACUGCCAAGAAGCCAAUAAAUAGUACAAAUGCGAUUACAAAUAUGGGGAGUAGCAGCAGUAGCAAUGGCAACGGCAACGGCGGAUCGCGGCAGAUAAUUACGAAUAACAAUCGCACAGUGAUUAUCCCAUCCGACGUGCAAGUUCUACCCACCCGAAUGGCUAAGUCGAAUGCUAUUGCGCCACGAACUUCUACACCCGUCAGUUUAGCCCUGACCGACACGACGCCACUGUCACUCACCAUCUCUCAGAGUGGUGAUAACAGCAUGAGCGGUGAUGUGUACACCGUUACUUAUAGUAGCGAUGCAACUGGCUUCUUUGAUGAUGCCGAGGUCUACAAUGUUGCUGAUACCGAUAUGUUGCUACAGACGGUGGACUCAAUGCAGUUACUCAAUGAUGACUCGCAACAGCUGAAAAGCGAACAUUCCGAACAGUUUGGCACUGUAACUGGUGUCGGCAUCGCGGAAGGCGAUCAGACUGAUCACAACGGCAGUUGCAUUCAAACCGAAUUCUUAAAGUUAGAAGCCAACGGUAAUGUCAAUGCCAUGCCUACCACUUUACCCACUUUCCAACAAUUCCAUUCCAAAGAGCUCAUUAUGCAAAAUAGUGCCCAGAUACAGGCUGUGACUAGCAUGCGACCUAAUACGCAUCAACUGGGCACAAUGUCCUCACCAAUAAAUUCUCCGCUUGCUUAUCCCACGCCGCCAUCUAGUCAUGAAAAUAUGACACAAUCUUCGCCAUAUGUAGAGGAUGGAAACCAGUAUUCGGAAGUGACGAACGCUUUCUUCAAUGAGAAAUGCAAUGCGGAUUUUCUCAAGCAGUCAUCCACCGAAGUAACUUUCUUCAAAGGCAACGACAGUCAACAUGAACUUACUGAUACCGAGAAGAUAUUAAAGCUAAAGACAGUACUGGAGGAGAGCGCCUUCGAUGGUUCCAUCAAGGUCGAAGACUUACUAAAUGGCGCACAGGAUGACGACACCGAAUGUGAUCUACGCGACUUCGCUGAGACUAAUCUAGCAUUCUUGGACGAGGAUCAAGAGUUUCUAAAUGAUUCGCGAAACGCAACUUCACCUCUACCCGAAUCGUUUUUCACUGGUAGUAUUGGAACAGCAGAUGAAGUGAAAGAGGUACUACGCGAUGUCCUGCCCGAUGAGAAUAUCAAUCUCAACUGUGAAGAACAGUCUGGUGAGAAUAUCAUUGAUUUGUACUAUUUACCCGGCUUGGGUCUCCAAUCACAAAUGAUGCCCAACUCCGACGAUCCGCUGCUGUCCUCGUCUCCUAGAGAUUUUGGGCAACAGAGAGGGCAAGUUAUACAGACGACGCAGCAAGAACAGGUACAGCAACAGCAGCAACAUCAGAAUGAACAAUUGCAAAUACAACCGACUACGCAGCAAAUGCUAUAUGCGCAGCAAAUAGAGCACCAAAUCCAACAACAACAACAUCAGCAGCAGCAACAAACGUCGGCUGCUGUAAACUACGUGAACAAUCAGCUUGCAAUGGCAAUGCAACACACUGUCGGCGACGGUAAUGGUGCCAACACGACGCUUCAGUACAAUCUACAGAACCUACCACAAGUACAAAACCAACAACAAUUCAUUGAAGCUAACACACCGAUCCAACAUGUGUCCACCAUUGAUGGUGGCAUUUUGCAUCAACAGCUUGUGUUCACAGGCUCGACGGAUAAGCAGGAGAUACACAUAACAGGACAACAAGGCGACAUCGGGCUUCUAUCUACUAGUGGCGCAAUGAACACCGAUACCAAUAUUUAUUUCGCCAGCAACUCCAGUAAUUCCAACAAUUCUAUGUCGUCACUGCAACAGACCGGCAACCAAUCGAGUGCUAGCAAUGUGGCAUCUUCCUCAACCGCAUGUCUGCCACCAGUAGCGUCCACAGUCAUCUCUACACUACAACCCCUAUCAAACCAAACCAAUUCCAUACUGAAGCGGCGUUUGCGACCGCACAAUUCGAAUGAUUCCAGCAGUUCGCAAAGUUUCGCUAAAUAUCACCCGCUUUCGCCGUAUCGCUCGAAACUGCGCAAACCCUCUCGUACACAUUACACACCUGCGCCAAUACUGAAUCCUGACCGAAAAGGCAUCGGACUCUAUUGUAGUGUGCGAAAGCAACUCAAUACGGGUAUGCUGGGCUUUGAUAGUUUUGAUGAUGAUUUCGAUGAUCCAGUUGGUUUGGUGGACUUUUCCGAUGAAUCAAAAGUCAAUCUAGGCUCAGCUUAUCAAGCUCAAAUACCACCUUGUCGAGAACGUAUUCAAAGUGCGGGUAGCGAUGCUGCCACCGACGGUGAAUUGUACAAAAACACAUCCUGCUUUGAAGUCGAGGAACCUGUAGGCGCAGAGCAAUUAUGGGAUCCCACCGUACAAAUGGACGAGAAGAUUUUGAUGCGCUACAUUGACCUGAGCAAAUCAUCAGCGGUACCGUUGGGCAGUCACUCCGAAGAGGUGGCGUUGCAAACACUGCUCAAAGCAUGCGGAAACAUGGCUGCGGCAGUACUAACGCUCUUGCAAACACAGUCGAAUGCAUUCCAGAUGAAGUGGUCCGCAACGGAAUUGGAGGUAUUCUUGAAAGGCUUGGAACGGCAUGGCAAAGAUUUUGGACGCAUUUCGCUGGAGUUGGGUUCGAAGACAACAGGUGAAUGUGUGCAAAUGUACUACUUUUGGAAGAAGCUUUGCGUAGACUAUAAAGUUUCGCAUCUCAAGACGGAAACACCACCACCACCACCGGCAAAUGAUCCGAAGCCAUACGUAUGCGAAGUGCCUGAUUGCUCCGCGAGCUUCACCUCAAAAGCUGCCCUGCAUGGCCAUACUCGCAUACAUACGUAUGGCAGAAAUGCCAGUAGCCAUAAUAGUAGUAAUAAUAAUAGUAACAACAACAACAACAAUAAUAAUCAUCAUAACCACAACAACAACAACAACAACGCCACAAGUAAUACAACCAAUACAAAUGGUGCCACAAUAGGGGGCACAACUGUUGUCGCUCAGCACAGCAACGCCUGCACGUUACAAACGCAAUCGCAAACAGCCAACGCGGUCACAGGCGUAUGCGGUGUAGUGGUUAAAGAUGCUAGUCAAAGCGGUGCGGCCAGUAAUGCCAACGGCGCAAAUAAGGACACCGAUUUCCCCUGCAAGGUGUGCGGCAAAGUUUUUAAUAAAGUGAAGAGCAGAAGUGCCCAUAUGAAGACGCAUCGCGUGCAGGAGCAACAGCAACAGCAACAACAACAGUUGCAGCAUCAACAGCUGCAGCAACAAUCAGCUGUCGAAAUAGCAACUGCACCCAGCAAUGCAGCUACUUCUGCGCACAGCCAAAAUCUAACUGCGAAUCAAAGUCAGCAGCAACAACAAAAACAACCACAGCAGCCAAUUGAGAAAAUAUCCUGAAUUUAGACGUCCUUUCCCAGUAGUGACUACCCAUUAUUACCUUAAAGACAACAACCAACCACAUCCGACCAAGUGAUCGACAAUGAAAUUCGCCAAUAAUCCCGAAGUACCAAAAAAACCACAACAACAAAAGAUCGUAAGAAUGCAACUUGGAAUGUACCAUAAUAAAAGUAAACCAAAUGUUAGUAAAUGCACGUAAAUGACAAGCGUAAAAUCCAUUUGAAAUUUGAAACUGACAA